CCAAUCUUCGUCAGUCGGCAAAUGAAUUUUCUUUACUGUGGACUUAUACUUGUGCCCCGACAAAAUUUUAAAGUUCACUGUCACAGUCGCGUCUUUGAUGUAAGAUUUCGACAUUAUCUGUGUUAUUUCAUAAAAAGUCCGAGUUAUUUAAUUAAAAAACAAACAAAUAUCGUGCCAAAUAGUAAUAAUUUAAAGUUUAUCAUUACCUAACUCUGAUAUCUCAUUUACAUUACGGAAUAAUAGUGAUUUUAUAUGAAGUUCCUCCCGUAACCUUGAAUGAGUUAGCUUAAUUUUAUAUCAUUUUAUUAUACUUAAUAAUAAUUUAGUUCACGUCUGAGUUGACUAAAAGGAAGAAAAAUCAGUGACUAUUCUUUUUUCACAGAUUGUGUAAAUACAUCUUAUUCUUAUCAAAAACAAAAAUAAAUUAUAUGUGUGCAGGAACACAAUUGAAAUAGUUUGAGUGGCUGGAGUGACUCUCUGUAUGAAUCAAAGUCAUACAGCUGAAGUAUCAAGACUAAAAAAAGCAAAUAAAAAAUCAAUUUAAUAAGAUAAUAAAAAAAUAUAAUAGUUUAAUAUCGCAUUUAUGUGAAUAAACUUUUAAUAUGGAAGCUGCUCAGAGAACUUUACUCCCAAAUCCACGAGAAAAAGCCAAUGUAGUAUCAAUUCUCACGUUCUGGUGGACUAUGAAGCUUUUCAAGAAGGGCUACCGCAAAGUUCUGGACCUAGGAGAUCUAUACCGGCCUCUUGACGAGGACAGAUCUAACGUUCUGGGAGAUCGUCUAGAAAAAAAAUGGAUGGAACAAUUAAAAAGGUCUAAAAGUAACCCGUCUUUGAUAAAAGCCGUCGCCAUAGCUUUCUGGAAAGAAUACCUCCUAUUGGCAUUAAUUGUAAUCGUCAAUGAGGCUGCGAUUCGACUUGGACAGCCACUUCUUUUGGGAAGAUUGCUUUUGUACUUCAGGCCUAAUAGUGGUAUGACACACACAGAAGCCUUAUUAUAUGCUGGAGGUAUUGUAGGAUUGAGCCUUUUGUAUGGAGUUACUGGAAAUCAGUUCCUUUUCACCUCUUUUUACUGCGGAAUGAAAAUAAGGGUUGCAAUGUGCAGCAUAAUUUAUCGGAAAGCUCUAAAGCUCUCCAGAACAGCGCUUGGUGAUACAGCACCAGGAAAAGUAGUGAAUCUCCUAUCAAAUGACGUUAAUCGCUUUGAUUUGGUAUCUAUUCUCGUUCACAUGAUGUGGGCAUCACCACUCAUGGCGAUGAUUGUUGGAUAUUUACUAUGGCUUGAAGCAGGAUGGGCGGGAUUUGUAGGAAUUAUGAUCGUCUUCACUGUUGUCCCUUUACAAUCCUAUACAGGAAAACUGUCAUCAAGAUUCCGUCUACAGGCAGCUCUUCGAACGGAUGAGAGGGUGAGGUUUAUGGAUGAAAUAAUUUCGGGGGUGCAGGUGAUUAAGAUGUAUGCCUGGGAAGCACCUUUCGCAAAGUUAAUAACAGUCGCGCGUAAAUUGGAGCUCAAAAUCAUCCGGAGGAGUGCCUUUGUGAGGGCCAUUUACAUGACUUUUCUGCUCUUCACCACACGCAUGGCCCUCUUUUGCACAAUGCUAACAAUGGUCCUCAUGGAUCAUGAAAUAACCGCAGCAAAAGUCUUUGUCAUCAUGGCCUAUUUCAAUAUUCUCGCCUACACAAUGUCUCAGAUGUUUGUACGUGGCGUGGCGGAAAUUGCUGAAGUUCUUGUAGCCCUGAAGCGUUUACGGAAGUUUCUCAUGUACGAGGAACGCGAUGAACCCAAUAGGAAGCAAAGGAUUGUAAAGGAUAUGAAGAACGGGGGACCGCCUGAUAUUGCUAGGAUCCACAGCAGCUACGACGAUCCAAGCAGAAAGUAUUUAGUUUCACUCAAGAAUGCAACAGCCAAGUGGCAGAUGCCCGAAAGGCCAGUAGAUAAGAAGAGUAGUUCACAAAAAGAGAAAGAAGCCUCAGAGGGAUAUUCAGGAGGAAGUGUUGAAUUCGUUGCUCCAACGCUCGAUAAUAUUUGCCUCGAUUGCAAAAAGGGAAGUCUCAUUGGGAUCGUAGGACCAGUGGGUGCUGGAAAAUCAUCCCUUCUACAAGUUAUCCUCAAAGAACUUCCAUUAGAAAGUGGAACAAUGCAGACCCAUGGAAGUCUAUCGUACGCUGGACAGGAGCCUUGGGUAUUUGCAGCUUCAAUUAGACAAAAUAUCCUGUUUGGCGAAGAUUUCCAUAAAGAACGAUACGAUGCGGUAAUCAAGGCAUGUGCCCUUAAUCACGAUCUCGAACAAUUCCCAAAUGGUGAUCAGACCAUUAUUGGGGAACGAGGAGCUUCACUUUCCGGUGGCCAAAGAGCGAGAGUGAGCUUAGCCAGAGCAGUUUAUCGUCGGGCUGAUAUCUACCUUUUCGACGAUCCUCUCAGUGCUGUUGAUGCUCACGUUGGACGACACUUAUUUGAUCAAGUUAUCGGCCCAAAAGGACGCCUGAGUUCAAAUAGGAUCACCCGCAUUCUAGUUACACAUCAAGUACAUUUUCUUAAAGAUGCCGACUGGUUAGUUGUACUCAAAGAUGGCCAAAUUGAAAUUCAAGGACCACCACUUGACGUCUUCCACAGUGGAAUUGAUUUUGCUAAACUCCUAAAUGCUGACGAUGAUGAUGCUGAAGAUGGAAAGUCUGAAAACCCAAAAUUCAGAAGACAGCAAUCAACUUCUUCCUCAAGAUCACAAUCAUCGAGAAAUUCUUUGAGUUCCGAAGAUGAACUUGACGACAUGAUCGAUGAGAAGAAGGAAAAAGAGAAUCAACCGGCAAUGGUUGCUCUCGAGGGUACUUCCAAAGGAACGGUUAAAGGACCAAUUUUCAUCAACUACCUCAAAGCAGGUGGAAAUUGGGCGGUAUUGUCAAUCAUGUUUGUUCUCUUCCUCAUCACACAAUUCAUGGCCAGCGGAUUUGACUGGUUCAUUGCCUACUGGACUUCUCAGGAAGAACUCCGAGAUCUCUACAAUGUAACACUCGACGCCCAGGAAUUCAUCCUUACCAAUAAAACUCUUCAAAUUGUCGACUCAGAAGUUCCCUACCUUCUGAGUACAGAAACGUGCCUCUACAUCGCAGGAGGUAUGGUGAUCUCCCUCUUCUUAUUCGGACUGAUAAGAUCUCUCGGUUUCUACUCAAUGUGCAUCAAAGCAUCUCAGCGACUUCAUGAUGGAAUGUUUAAUGGAAUCAUAUCAACAACAAUGCGCUUCUUUGAUACGAAUCCUUCGGGGAGAAUUCUCAAUCGUUUCUCCAAAGAUCUCGGCGCAACAGAUGAGCAACUACCAAAGGCUAUUCUGGAUGCUACACAAAUUAUCCUUAAUAUGCUAGGAUAUAUUGUAGUGGCAACGACCGUAAAUCCACUCUUUUUAGCACCUAUUCUGGGACUCACAGUAAUGUUCUUGUUUAUUAGAAAAGUUUAUUUAAAAACUUCCAAAAACAUCAAACGUCUUGAUGGUAUCACUCGAUCACCUGUUUUCACGCAUCUCGGAGCCUCCCUUAUGGGACUUCCAACGAUCAGAGCCUUUGGAGCGCAGGAAAUCCUUGUAAAGGAGUUCGAUGCACUACAGGAUACUCACACAGCCUCCUGGUACAUGUUCAUCGGAUCCAGUGGAGCUUUUGGCUACGUCAUGGACCUCCUAUGUGUGGCCUUUAUAUUUUUCGUCACAUUCAGCUUCCUCCUCAUAGAUACCGAUGCAAUGGGUGAUCAAGUAGGUUUGGCUAUCUCUCAAGCCAUGGCCCUCACAGGAUUCCUUCAGUGGGGAAUUCGACAAAGUGCUGAGGUAGCCAAUCAAUUGAUGUCCGUUGAGAGAGUUAUGGAAUACCGAGAUUUAGUGUCUGAGAAGCAACCAGAGAAGCCACAGGAAGUGUCUGCCGAAUGGCCAGAAACUGGAAAACUUGAAAUGAAGGAUGUUCGGUAUCGGUACUUCAAGGAAGCCGAUCCUGUGCUCAAAGGUGUGAACCUUUCGAUCAAAGCCAAAGAGAAGAUUGGAAUUGUGGGACGAACAGGUGCUGGAAAAUCAUCCCUCAUCGGUACUCUCUUCCGACUUGCUGAAGUUGAGGGUGAUAUUGAAAUUGAUGGGGUGAAGACAGACAAAAUAGCUCUACAGAAAUUGCGCUCCAAAGUCUCAAUUAUCCCUCAAGAUCCAGUUCUUUUCUCAGGAACUCUCAGAAGGAAUUUGGAUCCAUUUGAGGAAUACAAAGAUGCUGCUCUGUGGCAAUCUCUUGAGGAAGUGGAACUAAAAGACAUUGCCAGUGGACCUCUAGCAUUGCAAGCAGAAGUUCUCGCCGGUGGAAGUAACUACAGUGUCGGACAACGACAACUGAUUUGCCUGGCCAGAGCCAUUUUACGUAAUAAUAAAAUUCUAGUCCUGGACGAAGCUACCGCCAAUGUCGAUCCAAAUACCGACGCCCUAAUUCAACAGACAAUAAGAACGCGCUUUGCUGACUGCACCGUUCUCACGGUAGCUCAUCGUCUUCAUACAAUCAUGGACUCUGAUCGAGUCCUUGUAAUGAGUGAUGGACUUGUAGGUGAGUUCGAUGCGCCGCAUCUUCUCCUACAGCGCCCAAAGGGUCUCCUCCGUGAAAUGGUGAACUCCACUGGACCACAAGAAUCUGAACGUCUCAUGAAAAUAGCUAAAGAUGCCUUCGAAUCAAAUUUCAAGGAAUAUUUGUAAAGGUUUUUGCUACAAGAAUCUAACCGACUGUGCCUUAAAUAACUACAUACUGAACCUGCACAUUUUGUAAUGGAUUUUAGAAUGUAUUUUGAUAAUUAUUUAAUUUGUAAUUCCGAUUGGGAUCUUCUUAUCGUAAAGGUUAUUAAAAUGGGAGUUUAUCUAA